GUGCUUUCAGUAACUAAGCAACUGUUAAAAUAGAUUUUGUGGCUUGAAAAAUAUUAUUAUACUGUUUAAUAAUUUUGUUUUUGAACAUUAUAUUAGCAAUAAAAAGUACUUUGCGAAUGAUUAGAUAAAGUUCGAAAAUUUCAGUAAAUUUUAGUAUCAUAACCUAACUACUUGUUAAAAUUUUGAAGGAAUAGAAAAUGAGUAGUACAGUUAAAAUAUCUCCAGAUGCAUUUUUAGAAAAGAAAUCUGAAAUCGAUACAUUGGACCCAGUUAUAGAAGUAAACGAGAAUGUGGCCAGUGAAUUAUUUGAUCGGCCCUAUGAAGAAGGUGAAUUUGAAGAGAUCCCACCAAAAAUAUUUAGCCUUGUAAAUGUUACUGAGCCACUAACAUUAGAGUCUUUGAAUAAUGCCAUAUAUGAACUUGGUAUAGUGAAUUUGUGUUGGCCUCAUAUAACAGAACCUGUGUUUGAGACUCGUACAAGCUUUCCUAAAAGUUAUUAUACAAACACCGCGAAGGAACGACUUUUGCUAGCUUACGCUGAAAAUUUCAGAAGACAAUAUAAUUUUCAUUAUAAAAACAAAGUUCGCAAACCUUUGUUGUUGCAAGUGCCUAAUGAAUGCGGAUUGCAGAAAAUGGUGUGUACAUCGAUUCGUCCGACUAAACUUUGUUUUGCGGACACCAACACGUGGCAAGGUGUAUCGGCUUUGGUUUCAGACUACUUCGAUUAUGAACCUCUCAAGAAACCGAUGUUGCACCCGGAGCGCCUCAUGUCUCCCUACACCGCCAUCGUGAGGCGCAGCGGGAACCCCUUCGAGCUGGCCCACGUGCUGGUCUCCUGGCUGACAGGCGCCGGGUACGACGCGUACGUGGUGGUCGGAUGUGCCAAGAGAGACGUAUGCAUGGCCAUCAGGUACCGCACCGAGUGCCCAGAGAUACCGGACGAGACCGAGGAAGUAGUCGAGGAGCCCCCUCCCGAGGAAGAACCUCGAUACAGACUUGUACCCCUGCCAGACCUCACGUCUAAGUAUUGCAAGGAAAUGGAGAAGAAGGAAGCGGACAGAAAGCAAGCAGAAAUGGACAAAAUAGAGAGGGAGAAACAAAGAAAAAUUGCUGAAUUGGAGCAGCCACCUCCAGACGAGAUAGACGGGUGGCGAACGCACGCCUGGAUCCUGGUGCUGCCAGGGUUUAUGUCGGUGGAAGAACCGUUCUUCAUAGAGCCGAGCGAAGGCAAUGGAUACCCACUGGACGCACCCCAAUACCAACAUCUAGACUCCGUCUACAAUCAUGAGAAUUAUUAUGUGAACAUCCAAAGCUGCGAGGGAGGUCUCGGUUCGCUGAACUACGACCUGUCAGACCUCACCUGCUGGGAGCAUCUGCUGGCGGGCGAGCCGUUCUACAGGCGACAGAUAACAGGCAUCGAUACAGCCGACAAGAAGACCGCUGUGGACACGGAAAAACACCUAGACAUGCCCCCCCCCUGCUGGGUGGAGAAACUCGACAUCACCGCUGAUGAGUACGAACAGAGGUAUCCUGGCUGUCACAAAGUAAUACACUACAAGAAGGUGCUGUUGGAGAAGUUCUCACCUUACUCCGAGCGGGAUGGCAUUGUGAAGCGAAUUAAAAUAUUCGACGAUUAUGCGCUUACGCAUCCUCUGCUUACGUACGAGUAUUAUAAGAACAGGGUAGAUAAAAUGGAAACAGUCAAAAUAGAUCAUCUCAAACGUGAAGUGCGGGAAAUAUUCGGUAUUGGCAGACGGGAUCACCUUUUGAAACACGUGUACUCUAUCGACGCUCCUGCAGUUUCUGUGGAGGGCGUACGAAUACUUGAGUUCAAUUACUACCCUCGUAUCGAUCACCUGACCAAGUUGGUCUGCACUCCGCUUACCUUCGACGAAUUCUAUACCAAUAGAGAUGACAGGUUGGAGUCUCGCACCAUAACGUACACGGAGGGCACAAAAGCAAAACCGAAGCGUCAUGUCAAAGACAUCGUCGAGACAUACAGCCGAAACAUCGAAGUGCCAGCCAAAGACGACAUCUGGAAGAAAAUCUUUCACAUCCAGGAGAACACCAUAGAGCUGCUGUACCACUACGCGUACAAUUUCGUCACUAACGACACUAGGCAAUUUGUGAAGCCGAACCUGGCUGAGACCGGCGGGAAGAUCCUGUUUUAUCCUGAGAAAACUUCGGGUUAUAUCGCUGAUCCAUGCGCUAAGCCUCCCCGCCCCCUGAACAUCUACUACGCACUCUGUGACAACAUGGAGUGGGAGUACAGAACGACGAAGCACAUUCGUGACAGAGAGACCGACAUCAACGGAUACCUCCGACAGAGGCACAAAGAGCUCACGGAACCGAUGCUCUACGUCGCACUCUUUGACACGGAAAGAAAUGAGGCUGCUAAGAAAGGAUGGCGAGAGCAGGAAAUCCAAAAGGCCGAGGUGACGGAGCGUGAGAAAGAGGCGGAGAUAGAUCCGUUGGCUCCGUACUUGGCGCGUUUAUUCGGCUCGGGACGCGGCACGGGUGCUCCGCUCACCGUCAAGGAGGCCACACUAGUGCGCGAGCAAUGCAUCAACGACUUUAAAUCCAAGCAGCUGGCCAGGCAGAAUUUGGUGCAAGAGAGAUUUGAUAAGCUCAAUGCGGAAUACAAAGUAAAGAGACUGUGGUAUCUGGCAAACCAAUUUAUUCUUACUCCAGAAAAAGAAAGCGCUUAUUUCGCUGCAAGCGCGGAACUAUCCUUUAAAGUGCACACUUUAGAGGUAAGACUUACUCGACACAAGGACCUAUCUAAACCUAGGUUUAAGGUACUGGAGGACUACUUGGCCAAACAUCCACUCCUGAAAGAAUACAACCGGGUGAAGAACUACUACAGCAAAUACAAAUAGGAAAAAUAUUUUAAUUAGGUUACAUUCAAUUAUUUUAUUGUAUUUACAGGGAUUUGUUAUUUAUUUUACAAAAUUACGGAUGUUAAAUGAAUAUUUAGUUGAAUAAACAGAAAUAAUUCGUAAA